AUGGAUCAAAACAAAAACAAGAAUUCGAAAAAACCAACGUAUUCAAGAUUCUCACAACAAGAGCUUCCGGCAUGGAAACCAAUCUUAACCCCAGGAUGGGCAAUUGCAUCAUUUAUAACCAUCGGUGCUCUUUUCAUCCCUACGGGGCUUUUAGCUUUAUCCGCGUCAGAUAGCGUUGUCGAAAUUAUUGAUCGUUAUGACGAAGAUUGUGUUCCCGACGACUUUAGCAGUAAAGCCGAGGCAUUUAUACAAAAUCCCGACACAAAGAAGACAUGUAUAAGAAAUCUCAAAGUACCAAAGAAAAUGGUCGCCCCUAUUUUCGUGUAUUAUCAACUCGAGAACUUUUACCAAAAUCAUCGUCGAUUUGUGAAAAGUAGAAGCGACAAACAAUUACGUGACCCUGCGGCUCAAAACGACACACGCGAUUGUUUUCCGGAAGCACAAACCGGUGAUAACAAACCAAUUGUUCCGUGUGGGUUAAUUGCUUGGAGUCUAUUCAAUGACACUUACCAACUAUCAACACGAGGCAAACAACUAACAAUCGACAAACACGGGAUUGCUUGGAAAAGCGAUACCACUGCUAAAUUCGGUUCGGAUGUGUAUCCAAAGGAUUUUCAAAAAGGAUCCUUGAUCGGGGGCGCAACACUUGAUGAGCGUAAACCUCUAAGCGAGCAAGAGGAUCUUAUUGUAUGGAUGAGAGCAGCAGCAUUGCCUAAGUUUAGAAAGUUAUACGGAAAAAUAAACACCGAUUUGGAAGCACACGAGACGAUAAGCGUUCAAGUUGAAAAUAACUACAACACAUACAAGUUUGGGGGAAGGAAGAAGCUUGUUCUUUCUACGACGACAUGGAUUGGAGGCAAAAAUGAUUUUUUGGGGGUGGCGUAUAUAACGGUUGGUGGUUUGUGUUUGUUUAUGUCAAUAAACUUUAUACUUUUGUAUGUUUUUCGUCCUCGACGUCUGGGGGAUCCAUCAUAUUUGUCAUGGAAUAGACAUCCUAUAGCUAAUUAAUAUUUUAUAUUAGCUUGAUCAUGAUGAUCCCAAGUCUUUUUAUAGACCACGAACGAUAUUAUUUG